AUGUUGCGACGACAGGCGCGUUUGCGCCGCGAGUACUUAUAUAGGAAAUCAGUUGAGGACAAACAGAAGAGUAUACAAGCGAAAAAAGAUCAACUAAAACGUAGCUUAGAAGAAAACAUUCCUAUACACGGUGAUUUGAGGAGAGAAGCCCUUGCUUUACAAAAAAGAAUUGAGUUCGAGGAUAAAGGACCAGAAAGAGCAGCAGUCAUUGGAGGUUUUAGUGGAGGUGCAAACACCCUCAGUUCCCAGGAUGAUGAGUAUAGAUAUGCUGGUGUUGAGGAUCCAAAAAUUAUGAUCACUACAUCUAGGGAACCUAGUGCUAGACUGAAGAUGUUUGUGAAGGAACUCAGAUUGAUAUUUCCUAACAGUCAACGUAUGAACCGUGGUGGUUAUGAGAUGUCACAACUUAUUCAUGCGUGCCGUGCCAAUGAAGUCACAGACUUUAUUGUUGUCCAUGAACACAGGGGUGUACCUGACAGUCUAGUAAUAUGCCACCUCCCAUAUGGUCCAACAGCAUCCUUUACACUCUCUGGUGUUGUAAUGCGGCAUGAUAUUCCGGAUAUAGGACCCAUGAGUGAACAAUACCCACAUCUUAUUUUCCACAAUUUCAAAAGUGAUUUGGGUUUGAGGACUAUGAGCAUAUUGAAAUACCUGUUCCCAGUACCAAAGCCAGACUCAAAGCGAGUCAUUACCUUUGCCAAUAAUGAUGACUACAUUUGCUUCAGACAACAUACAUAUAAAAAGGCGGGUAAAGACAUUGAGCUGACAGAAAUAGGGCCCCGCUUCCAAAUGAAACUGUACGAAAUAAAGUUGGGUACUCUAGAAGCUCUGGACGCGGCUGAUACUGAAUGGGCGCUACGCCCCUACAUGAACACAGCCGCGAAACGUAGAUUUCUAAGUGAUGAAGACGGAUGGCAGGAGGAGGAAUAA